AGCACACGGCUGUUCCCACACGUGGAGAACUUUUAACGAACACGUGAGGAAAAGACAGCAGUGUCUGUGGAAAAUCUGCCUCACAACUCCGGGGAACUGCCCAACCCCCUCCCUAACAGCUGGUUUGCUGUGCCCCCGGAGGUCUUCGCCCCCUUCUAUUGAUGUCCAGCUGCGGGUCACACGCUUGGAACGCAGCUCUCCCGAGCGGCCCCAUCCCGGCCCCCGAACGCGCGAAGCACCCCCAGCAGGCGGCCUUGCAACCCGUCUGCGCCUGCGCCCGCGCCCAGAGCUCCAAGACAGGGGCGGGGCCCUGAGGAAAGGGGCGUGUCUCUCGCUGGGCUCUCUGGGGGCGGAGCCGGGGGACCCGUGUGGUCCUGUGACCUGCGGGUUGACCUUCCCGAACGCUGGGUCCCGUGACGUCACCUCGCCGUGACGCGCACGCUGUAAGAAAACUAUGAGGAAACUGACACAGAAAGAUUAAGAAUUUGCUCAAGGUUGCACAGCUGAAAUGUGAUGGAGACAGUAUUUGAAUUUGGGCAAUCUGACCUCACAGUCCAUGCUCCAGUCAACAAUACUGCCUCACAGUAGGAACAACAAUGGAACAAUGCUCAGAGGUGGAAGCAAGCCUGAGGUGCCAAGGCAUUGCAAGGAUUAAUUAAAAGAAUUUACCACAUAUUUUAUGACUUUUUACUGGAACAUUGAGAGAUAGCCCAGAUUGAGGAUUCCCGUUGGCAUUGGGUUGGUGGGAGCAACCUUUUGUUGAAAUAGGUGAUCAGUCAUGCCUUCUGGAACAAUACAAAGUGGAAAAGGUUUGCAGACCAAGAGUCAGUUUAGGACCAUUGCACCGAAAAUUGUGUCCAAAGUCCUAACUUCCAGAGUGCUGUCGGGCCCUUCGCCAUCACUCUCUGAUCAGGUGAAUCCAGGCCCCCCCAUCAGCUCUACACCACUGGGGGUGCCUGCCCAAAAUUAUGCUCUGAUGCAGGUUGCUGGCCAGAAGGGAACAUUUUCUCUCGUGGCGUUGCCUCAGGUUGCCUCAAUUCAACCAGUCCAGAAACCCAGACUGCCCCUGCCUGAAAACCUUAAACUGCCUAUUCCUCGAUACCAACCCCCAAGAAAUAACAAAGGAUCAACAAAGAACCCCAUUUCGAGCUUCUCUGAACGUGGCUGUAGCAAACCUCCUGCCCAAACCCAAACGUCUCCUUCCCCACCUGGCUGUUCUGAGCCCCUGCCCCAGCCCAGUCCGUCCGAACCGGUGCUGCCACCAGGCCAGGCCCCAGCCAGCGUCAGCCGGGCUGCUCUAACCAGCGGAGGUGGCCCUGGAGGCGCUCAACCUCCAGUGACCAGUGACUGUGGAGACCCGAACCUUCCUGACACCCCAACAUCAUCCGCACCAGAGGAGCCCUCUGCCAGGCAGGGCUUCAUGAAGAUUUCAGGGAAAGAAAUCUUUGCAAGCAAAGAACCAUCCAGUAAACCUGCCGCUGUUGCCAGUGAAAAACAUAAAGAACAAGUUGACCUUGCAGAAGGCACAGUCAGGUUAUCGACAGCCAUUUGGGGUGGUUCACUCCAGUGGGUGCCCUCAGUCCCCAAAGGUAAACUGCCCGUCUUACCCCCCGUAAGUAUGAAAACAACAGAGGUUUAUAAAAGUGAGUCCGAUGUUAACAUUGUAGACUUUUCUUUACCUGGGCUCAGGGUGCACUCGGAUAAGACAUCCACCGUCACCGAAGGCUUUGAUGCAGCCACCAAAGUGGCCAAUAAGGUACCUGGUCCACAGGUGUCAAAGCAGAGUCUCUGUGAAAGUGCCUUUUGUCCAGCUCCCAAACUGGAUCUCAACCACAAAACAAAACUGAAUGGCGGGGCAACAAAGAGAAAAGGAAGAAAACUAAAGGUACCCGAUGAAAUCUUGUCAUUUCAGGGGAAAAGGAGGAAAUGUAAAAUAAUAAAAAAUGAUUCCCAACAAUCCAGAGAGCAAAAACCUGGGGCUUUGAAAAAAUACCGUAGCAUUAUGCCUAAACCUGUCAUUGUCAUGCCUGCUGUGGCUCCCUUGGGUUCUCCUGUGGCUAUAUUACCUUCCCAAAGGCCCAGCAGCCUAGGACAGGACAGUUUGUUAAAUAAUUCGCUCACUCCUAAAUAUCUCGGCUGUAAGCAGGACGACAGCCCUUCCCCUAAGCCCAGCUCUGCAUUCAGAAAUGGAUUCUCUGGCAUUAAGAAGCCUUGGCACAGAUGUCCUGUCUGUAACCACCACUUCCAGUUCAAGCAGCACCUUCGAGACCACAUGAAUACCCACACUAACAGACGGCCUUACAGCUGUCGAAUUUGUCGCAAGGCAUACGUGCGUCCCGGCAGCCUGAGCGCACACAUGAAACUUCAUCAUGGCGAGAACCGGCUGAAGAAACUUGUGUGCUGUGAAUUUUGUGCAAAAGUGUUUGGUCAUGUCAGAAUCUAUUUCGGCCAUCUGAAAGAAGUGCAUAGGGUUGUCAUCAGCACCGAGCCCUCGCCUAGCGAACUGCAGCCAGGGGACCUGCCAAAGAACAGGGACAGGGAUGCAAAUGUGCAGAGAGAAAACAAAUCAAGCCUCUACGAAGACCUUCUCCUAAACCAGGCAGACGAAGUCAAAUUACAAAUCAAAUGUGGCCGCUGUCAGAUCACUGCCCAGUCCUUCGCUGAAAUAAAGUUUCAUUUACUUUAUGUUCAUGGAGAGGAAAUUCAGGGCAGGCUGCAAGAGGAGAUCUCCCCAGGAAGCCAAGCAGCUGGCGAAGAACUGGCUCAACAUGCUGCUCCUUCCUGGAAACAGCAUCCCGAAAGAAGAAAGCUGCCGCAGCACCGUCCCUCUGAUGAGGAGGUGCAUGCAGUUCCUACAAUGACACAGCAACCCUACCUGCAUCAGCAGAAUGAAAAGGAAAUGCUCACAAAAUAUGAAGGAGCCCAGCUGAGACCCAGCAAGCCAGAAGUCCCCCAGGGCCCUGCGAGUCCCAGCCCACACUCAGUUCUCCUUCAGUCCCCUUCCGGCUUUAACUGCAUCCUUUGUGCACAGACGCUUAGAAGGAAAGAAGAACUCCUCCUGCACUGGGAACAAGGGCACAAUUGUGAGGACCCUCCAAUGCUCUGGAGGAUUCUACAUGCACUCUCUAACCGGGAAGUGUCCGAACUUCCCAGCAAAACUGAAACAUGAAAGACUGGGGCCAGAGAGGUUAAACAGAGUUUUGUAUCACCUUUCUCUCAAAGUCCUUGCUUUAUGGUGGUGCUUAAUUAU